UACGCUUCACACAGGAUAAUGGGACGUACCGCAGUAGCGAAUCCCUCUUUUGCUUUGGCGACUUUGGUGAUGAUAAUUUUGUAUGCCGAGAUUUGUCAAGGUGGAGUGUUUAAUUCAGAUGGCUCUUCGUAUGGUAAUCAGGAUGGAUAUGAGGAUGAAGAAUUUGAAAAUUUCGAAUCAGGGCCGUUUUUGCCUGUUGUCCCUGGCAUUGGCAUGGGCCUAGAUCCUAGCCAACUUCAAAAUCUUUUAAGUUCUUUUGGUGAACCUGAGGUGUAUGAUAUUCCUGCGGUAUCCGAACACGUCUACGGAUCUCCAAGCAAGGUGGUAAUAGGCGGCUACGACGGCCCGAUAAAGAAGCUUCAAGGCACGAUUCAAAGUUUCCAUCAGGUGCGAACGAUAGAUAAUGGAGGACAUGCUGUAGAGAGUUCUAUGCAUCGUUCAAUCGACCAAUAUGUGGGUAAAAUGACUUCUCACCACAAGCGCAGCGAAUACGAUGACUUCAGCUUCCCAGCUGACUGGUAGAGCAGCGUGUUGCCCUAUACAUCACGUAGGCCAUUACGGAGUUGUGAACCAUGCGUAAAGCCUUGACUCAUCUCAGCGUUCAGAUAAUUUUACAUUUUUCCAGUAGUCGAUUUGCUGCAAAUCUAGGAUUAUAGCUAUAACAUGUGAACGAUUAUAUUCAUAUUAAAAUGUAUAUUGAUUUCUCUAACUAUACCUAUAUGGGAUGAAUCAGUAUGGUUGUACGCGUAGAUCUCUGAUUCAAUUGAUAAUAUCGGUUACAAACUAAGUUAACAUAUCACGGAUGAAAGACAAACCUGGAAAACGCUCAAGACAAUAUCAACUGGAUACGUGCACUGUUUGCAUUGAGGCCUGACCUACCUUGGCUUACUUUAAUUAUUUUUGCCUCUAGAAUGAGGUAUCGUUUUUUUGUUAUUGUACCGAUGAAUAGCACUAUUAAGGACGUAUGUGAGGCAUUGCACGAUGAACUUAGAAUCUUGUAAGAUUUGAGCUCUCGCUAAAGCGAGAUUAUUGCUAAUUAGCGCACCUUAAAAUAACGACUUGUCUAAGCUCUUAAUACCUGUCUGUAAAUACCUUUGUGUUAUUUGUAAAUAUACUCAAUUACAUGGCCGGAGGCGACUGGUUCGAGUCCCGCGAUGGAAGAUUUGGCUUCGCCGAACUUUUAAUUCAUGGGCGUGAUAUUAACAAAUAAAUAAUAACAAUGCACACAAUGUUGAACUAUCUAAAUGUAUUUUCACUUAGAGUUAAGCACGUUAAGUGCCCUCAAGGCUUACAAAAAUGAACGGAAUUUUCUUAAAAUAUGUAUAUAGACAAGCUUAAUAUAAUCAAACAGUCUUUCAGAUCCCUCGAAUUAGCGAAUGCUUACAUGUCCCUCUAAAAGUGCAAUGUAUACACACAGACCGACUUUGAGACUAUUGGAGAUCAACCCUCAUAGUUUUUCAUCGAUGCGAACCUAUCCGUUAGCAGCAGCUUUCUCCUCCUGCGUUUAUAACGUGAAAGGUACAGAUAACAAAUUUACUGCUUUCCACGCCUUCCUUACAUCUUCGAAUAAAGCCUGUACGCCCCUUAAUUCAGCUCCCACUGCUAGAUACUGAUCGAAAAUACUAUUACAGGGUUGUCUAUCAAAUAUAGAUCCUAUUUUCGCCUCCAGGAGGUCCUAAAAUUAGGCGUGAAAUCGCUUCCGGAAUGGAAAGGCUGGAUAAAUCACGUCCCACGAAAAAAACAUCAGGGUGCCCGUUUACAAAAAAAAAUUCACCAACUACCGUGAAAUAGAUUACUACUACUACUACCCUACUAUCAAAGUUUAUUGCUAUGAGUGAGUUCCAUUUUGAAGUAAUAUCAUCACCAUUAUGCCAAACACCACUUAAGAAGGGCAAGAACCUUCAUGCCCCCGCCGGCUGCUCUCGUAUCUAAUUUCACCGUUUGCGGUCUUUUGUCGCCCUUUUGUUGCACAGGGUGAAGAGUUACAAUAAUUUUUAUAAAGAUUCAGCAAUGUUGUGACAAAUUACGAUAAUAUUCAAGUGUGUCUGUGUGUGUGUGUGUGUGUGUGUGUGUGUGUCUCACUACAGUCGUUUUCAAAAUACGUGCGUCUGAUGUUCAAGGUACCUAAAGCGGAAGAGCGUGUCAUAAGCACUUCAAUCAACCCACUCCUUUCAGAUCAUAGUGUUUCAAAUCUAUCAUCUCCCCUAUUGUAGGGACCCAAAAGAAAAUCCUGAUAGACUGGUGGUAUUAUGACCAAUCAAAAAGGAUUCUCUUAUGAAAUAUCUUGCAUUUCUGAAUAGUUUAAAUAUCGUUUUGUCAAAAAAACUUGGUAAAAGUUUAUAGUUAAGUGGACAUUAGCACAUCAACAAGAAAAUCAGCGUAACGAUUUUUUUCGCGUGGACGAAACGCACACCCGAACACAAUGCAUAUUUAAAACGAGAAAAGCGGGUGACUACAUUCAAAGGUACACACCUGUAUAUUAGAUCUCUGCGAAAAUAGCAUCACAAGCGAUACAAACGUUUCUAUAAACAAGGAUCACUACAAUUUCUCUAAAACCCAAAAGCAAACCAGUGAAAAUGAUUAUUUUAAAAGUCCAUGACCCAAACAGUAUUCUUGUCGAGUGCUGCACGGUCUUCUCUCUUGAAAUGAAUAAACAACAUCGAGUAAAAGGUCAAAAUAAGGGAAGGGUUACAUCUAAGCAACAAUGUCUGCUACAAUCUAUAAAUGAAUGCAUGAAUGAUGGCCGAUUCACGAAAGCUGGUACAUUUACUGCGUAGACAUUCAACGCAACGAAGCGUUAAUUUCUUGAUAAGUCUUCUAA